UCCGAGUAUCAACCGGCUCUUAAAAUUUCAACAACUCGAUUAUCGUGAUUUUAUUUUAGCGACCUUGGACUUGUUCAAAAAAACUUUGAUAACGCGAGUGAUAUUUGUGAUGGUAUCAAUCAAAAACUGGAUAUAGAUUAAGACAAUAAUUCUGUUAAUAGAGUGACAUGACAAUUCGUUGAUAAAAUAAGCCGUCAAAGUGUCCCGAGAUCUAAGCAAAAUGGUCCUGGAGUCGGGGGUGCUGCCUCCGCCUCUACAACUCUAUGCGGCGGCGGCCGCCCAUUUAGCGCCCAGACCACCUUGGGCGCCGCUUCUACAGUUUCCCGGUGCCGCUCAGCUACUGGGACAAUUUCCCGGCGCGUUUUCGCCGCUGAACCGGCACCGGUAUCCGCACGGCUUAGGACACGGGUUACGUGCACCGCCUGGACCGCCUUCCGAGGAUUCUGGAAGCGAAUUAAAUGGUAAAGGUGCUGGUAGUAGUGGUGAAGCUGAUUCGGAAUCAGCAGCGUCCAAACGACGAAGAAGUAGAACGAAUUUCAAUAGUUGGCAACUGGAAGAAUUGGAAAGGGCCUUUAUGACCAGCCACUAUCCAGACGUUUUCAUGCGAGAAGCCUUGGCGAUGAGAUUGGAUUUGAAAGAGAGCCGAGUAGCCGUUUGGUUUCAAAAUCGACGGGCAAAAUGGCGGAAAAAGGAGCACACGAAAAAGGGACCUGGUCGACCCGCUCACAACGCGCACCCGCAAUCGUGUUCGGGAGAACCCAUUCCACCAGCUGAGCUCAAAGCCAGAGAGAGAGCGAGACGAAGGAAAAAGUUACAAAAGGCUUUGGAGAGACAAGCCAGGAAACUUAGAGCGAAAGGUAUAGCAGUGGAUUUAGUGGCGCUGAAACGCGAAUACCUGGCGCAACGCGGCACCGACACAAUAGACAGUGACAGUGACAUUGACGUUGUCGGCGACUCGGGCGCCGAAUCGGAAAACUUCGGCGACAAUUCGAUGUUCGGCACGUCGGUGACCGACGCGAGUGAUAGUAGUGGGGGUAUGGACCUCACGUCUAGUGCGCACGAGCACCUCGACGAAAAAACUAGGCAGAGACCUAAUCCGUUUAGUAUAGAUUCUUUAUUGAAUAAUAAUACUUAAAAUUGAUUGUUUUUGAGGAUUGAUAUGGGCAUUUUUGUUUUUUUUUUUUAAUGUAAAAAUUUAAUAUGGUGCAAUAAGAUGUCAUGAUUUAGAUUUCUCCGUACUAAAUUGUUUUCUAUUUAUUUUGUUGUGAUAUUUUUUUUUGUAACAUAUUUUUUUCCUUUGUAUAUAAAUUGUAUACAUAUCUUUAGCCAGUAAGCAUAUAAUAAUUAUUAUUUAUUGUAAAUAAAGUAUUUGAUACCUUGUGUAAAAAGCCGCCCAAUAAUAGUAAGGUACAUUCCAAUAAAGUGCUAUAAAAAUAUUGAAAAAAGCACAUGUAUUUAUUAAGUUUAAAUGUAAAAAUUAAGUUUUCUUGGGCUGGGACUCUAUAAUGAAUAGAGACCAUUAUCCCUAUCGCUAUUACACUUGCUGUCUUCUUUCCUUUUUUCGGAAUUAGUAGAGAUAGAGAAUAUAUCUCUAUCCGUUACAGAGUCCCAGCCCUGGUGGUUUAUAUAAGCAACGAGAAAAUUGUACAGCAAAUAAUAGGCUCGAGCCUAAAAUUUUCAAAAACCAAUUAAUAUUUGUAAAAAUGUAUUUUACACGAAAACAUCGAAGCAAUGUAUUUACCUGAUUAUAAAGUAAUAAUACAACAACAAAAAAAAACUUUGUUUUCCUUGUUCAAUAAACUGAAAAUAUCAAACUAAAAAUAGUAUCAAAAAUAAAUUUAGUUAUUUAUUCCAUAGAUUUGAAGUUUGUGUUCUUCUUUGGGUGUCCUUGAUUUUUUUACAGAUUUCUUUUGGAUUUUCAGUUAUACAGACAUGACUAGGCAACUAGACAUAUGGGUUUCAAUAGGACCAGUU